AUGAUCCCUGCUCUGCAGCACUUCAGCGAGAGCAUCCAGGAGUACCUGGCGAACCUGGACAAGGCCCCCGACCCCACGGUGAGGAAGGACACCUUCUCCAACGAGAUCUUCUGCGCCUACGAAGUGCUCUUCAACAGCUGGCUGCAGCACCGGGAAGCCAAGCUGCGGCUGGCGGUGGUGGAGGCCAUGGGCCCGAUGAGUUACCUCCUGCCCAGCGAGAAGCUGGAGGAGCAGCUCCCGAAGCUGAUUCCCGGCAUCCUCGCCCUCUACAAGAAGCACACGGAGGCCUUCUACAUAUCCAAGAGCCUGUGCCAGAUCCUGGAGGCUUCGGUCAACAUCGGCAGCCGCAGCCUUGACGUGCAGCUGGACGCUCUCCUGGGCACCCUGCACCCCCAGAUCUGUGCUCCUGCCGAUCCAGCUGUGCCCCUGACUGUUAAGAACCACACCGAGGUUCUUCGCUGCUUCACCGUGCUGGCCUGCUCCUUCCCUGACCGCGUCCUGGCCUUCCUCCUCCCGAAGCUGGAGAGCAGCAAUGAGAGGACCCGCGUGGGGACGCUGCUCAUCAUGAGGCAGAUCAUCAACAGCGCCCCCUCUCAAAUGGAGAUUAAAAAGCCCUUUAUUCUUUCGUCUAUGAAACUUCCUCUGCAAGACAGCAAUAACAAGGUGAAGCGGGCCGUGGUGCAGGUGAUCAGCGCCAUGGCUCACCACGGAUACCUGGAGCAGCCCGGCGGGGAGGCCAUGAUGGAGUUCCUCGUCCGCCAGUGCGCCCUGCCCUCGCAUCCCAAAAAGCAGCCGCCAGAUGCUGAUGACGUCGCCAGUGACAGAGUCCAGAGAAUCAGCGACAACAUCUUCCUCCUCAGCACGACCGUGGACAGGAUGAACAAU